AUGAGUGGCCUCGGGGACAGUUCAUCCGACCCUGCUAACCCAGACUCACAUAAGAGGAAAGGAUCGCCAUGUGACACACUGGCAUCAAGCACUGAAAAGAGGCGCAGGGAGCAAGAAAAUAAGUAUUUAGAAGAGCUAGCUGAGUUACUGUCUGCUAACAUCAGUGACAUUGACAGUUUGAGUGUAAAGCCAGACAAAUGCAAGAUUUUGAAGAAGACAGUCGAUCAGAUACAGCUAAUGAAAAGAAUGGAACAAGAGAAAUCCACAACUGAUGAUGAAGUGCAGAAGUCAGAUAUCUCGUCCAGCAGUCAGGGAGUCAUAGAAAAGGAAUCCCUGGGACCUCUUCUGUUGGAGGCUUUGGAUGGAUUUUUCUUUGUUGUGAACUGUGAAGGGAGAAUUGUAUUUGUGUCAGAGAAUGUGACCAGCUACUUGGGUUACAAUCAGGAGGAAUUAAUGAAUACCAGUGUCUACAGCAUAUUGCAUGUGGGGGAUCAUGCAGAGUUUGUGAAGAAUCUGCUCCCAAAAUCACUAGUAAAUGGAGUUCCUUGGCCUCAGGAGGCAACACGACGAAAUAGCCAUACCUUUAACUGCAGGAUGCUAAUUCACCCUCCAGAUGAGCCAGGCACCGAGAACCAAGAAGCUUGCCAGCGGUAUGAAGUCAUGCAGUGUUUCACUGUGUCACAGCCAAAAUCAAUUCAAGAGGAUGGAGAAGAUUUCCAGUCAUGUUUGAUUUGUAUUGCACGGCGAUUACCUCGGCCUCCAACUAUUACAGGUGUAGAAUCCUUUAUGACCAAGCAAGAUACUACAGGUAAAAUCAUCUCUAUUGAUACCAGUUCCCUGAGAGCUGCCGGCAGAACUGGCUGGGAAGAUUUAGUGAGGAAGUGCAUUUAUGCUUUUUUCCAGCCCCAGGGCAGAGAACCAUCUUACGCCAGACAACUAUUUCAAGAAGUGAUGACUCGUGGCACUGCCUCCAGCCCAUCCUAUAGAUUCAUAUUGAAUGAUGGGACAAUGCUUAGCGCCCACACCAAGUGUAAACUUUGCUACCCUCAAAGUCCAGACAUGCAACCUUUCAUCAUGGGAAUUCAUAUCAUCGACAGGGAACACAGUGGUCUUUCUCCUCAAGAUGACACUAAUUCUGGAAUGUCAAUUCCCCGAGUAAACCCCUCCGUCAAUUCUAGUAUCUCGCCAGCUCAUGGUGUGGCCCGUUCAUCCACAUUGCCACCAUCCAGCAACAACAUGGUAUCCCCCAGAGUAAACCGCCAACAGAGCUCAGACCUCCAUAGCAGCAGUCAUAGUAAUUCUAGCAACAGCCAAGGGAGUUUUGGAUGCUCACCUGGAAAUCAGAUUGUAGCCAGUGUUGCCUUAAACCAGGGACAGACCAGUUCCCAGAGCACUAACCCCUCUUUAAACCUCAAUAAUUCUCCUAUGGAAGGUACAGGAAUAUCUCUUGCACAGUUCAUGUCUCCGAGGAGACAAGUUAGUUCUGGAUUGGCACCAAGGCCCAGGAUGCCAAACAAUUCGUUCCCUCCUAAUAUUCCAACAUUAAGCUCCCCCGUUGUCAUGACAGGUACUGCCUGUAAUAAUAGUAACCGAUCUUACUCAAACAUCCCAGUAACAUCUUUACAGAGCAUGAAUGAAGGACCCAAUAACUCUGUUGGCUUCUCUGCCAGUUCUCCAGUCCUCAGGCAGAUGAGCUCACAGAAUUCACCUAGCAGAUUAAAUAUACAACCAGCAAAAGCUGAGUCCAAAGAUAACAAAGAGAUUGCAUCCAUUUUAAAUGAAAUGAUUCAGUCUGACAACAGCUCUAGUGAUGGCAAACCUCUGGAUUCUGGGCUUCUGCAUAACAAUGACAGACUCUCAGAUGGAGACAAUAAAUACUCUCAAACCAGUCACAAACUAGUGCAGCUUUUGACAACAACUGCAGAGCAGCAGCUGCGGCAUGCUGAUAUAGACACAAGUUGCAAAGAGGUACUGUCUUGCUCAGGCACUUCCAGCUCUGCCUCUGCUAACUCCUCAAGCGGUUCUUGCCCCUCCUCUCAUAGCUCGCUGACAGAGCGGCACAAGAUUUUGCACCGGCUCCUCCAGGAGGGUAGCCCCUCGGAUAUCACCACUUUGUCUGUUGAGCCUGAUAAAAAGGACAGUUCAUCUACUUCUGUAUCCGUGACUGGACAGGUACAAGGGAGCUCGAGUGUGAAACUAGAACUGGAUGCUUCAAAGAAAAAAGAAUCAAAAGACCAUCAGCUCCUACGAUAUCUUUUAGAUAAAGAUGAGAAAGAUUUAAGAUCAACUCCAAACCUGAGCCUGGAUGAUGUAAAAGUGAAAGUGGAAAAGAAAGAACAGAUGGAUCCUUGUAACACAAACCCCACCCCAAUGACCAAACCUGCUCCUGAGGAAAUUAAACUGGAGUCCCAGAGCCAGUUUACAGCUGACCUUGACCAGUUUGAUCAGUUACUACCCACGCUGGAGAAGGCAGCCCAGUUGCCAGGCUUAUGUGAGCCAGAGAGGAUGGAUGGUGCGGUCACCAGUGUAACCGUCAAAUCGGAGACCCUGCCCACUUCACUUCAGUCCACCACUGCCAGACCCACUUCCAGGCUGAAUAGAUUGCCAGAGCUGGAAUUGGAAGCAAUUGAUAACCAAUUUGGACAGCCAGGAACAGGUGAUCAGAUUCCAUGGGCAAAUAAUACAGUGACUGCUGUAAAUCAGAAUAAACCAGAAGACCAGUGUAUUAGUUCACAAUUAGAUGAGCUUCUCUGUCCACCAACAACAGUAGAAGGAAGAAAUGAUGAGAAGGCUCUUCUUGAACAGCUAGUGUCCUUCCUCAGCGGCAAAGAUGAAACUGAGCUAGCUGAACUAGAUAGAGCUCUGGGAAUUGACAAACUCGUCCAGGGAGGUGGAUUAGAUGUCUUAUCAGAGAGAUUUCCACCACAACAAGCAACACCACCUUUGAUGAUGGAAGAAAGACCCAACCUUUAUUCCCAGCCUUACUCUUCUCCUUCACCUACUGCCAAUCUUUCUAGCCCUUUCCAAGGCAUGGUCAGGCAAAAACCUUCAUUGGGGACUAUGCCUGUCCAAGUGACACCUCCCCGAGGCGCUUUUUCACCCGGCAUGGGCAUGCCACCCCGGCAGACUCUGAACAGACCUCCAGCGGCGCCCAACCAGCUGCGGCUUCAGCUUCAGCAGCGCUUGCAGGGGCAACAGCAGUUGAUCCACCAAAAUCGGCAAGCUAUCUUGAACCAGUUUGCAGCAAACGCUCCUGUUGGCAUCAAUAUGAGAUCAGGCAUGCAGCAGCAAAUUACACCUCAGCCACCCCUGAACGCCCAAAUGUUAGCACAGCGCCAGCGGGAGUUGUACAGCCAACAGCACCGACAGAGGCAGCUAAUACAGCAGCAAAGAGCCAUGCUCAUGAGGCAACAAAGCUUUGGGAACAACCUCCCUCCCUCAUCUGGACUGCCAGUUCAAAUGGGGAAUCCCCGUCUUCCUCAGGGUGCUCCGCAGCAAUUUCCCUACCCCCCAAACUAUGGUACAAAUCCAGGAACCCCACCUGCUUCAACCAGCCCAUUUUCACAACUGGCAGCAAAUCCUGAGUCAACCUUGGCCAACCGCAACAGCAUGGUGAACAGAGGCAUGGCAGGAAACAUGGGAGGACAGUUUGGCACUGGAAUCAAUCCUCAGAUGCAGCAGAAUGUCUUCCAGUAUCCAGGAUCAGGAAUGGUUCCCCAAGGUGAGGCCAACUUUGCUCCAUCUCUGAGCCCGGGGAGCUCCAUGGUGCCGAUGCCAAUUCCUCCUCCUCAGAGCUCUCUGCUCCAGCCAACUCCACCUUCUUCUGGGUACCAGUCACCAGACAUGAAGGCCUGGCAGCAAGGUGCAAUGGGAAACAACAAUUAUUCAGAAGAAAACCUCUAUCUCCUCUCAUGUCCCACAUCAGACAGCCCAUCAACAGAUCCUGCCAGCUUCUUAGCAGCUCUCACUUCUUCCCUGCCCCAUUUGGACACUUCAGUGCCAGCCACCAUCAUCUUUGCCCUGGACUGUUGAAGGAGCUUCCGGUCUCCCUGCUUCCACCCUUGCUCCUCUGCAGUGCAAUCUCCACGUGGAGGCCAGGUGAUGCUUUUCAAACGUGAGCGGUAUGGCAGUCCUUCACUCACAACUCACCAGCUGACUCAGAAUGCAGGAUAGGGCCUGUGAAGCCCACAUAAUCUUGUUCCUGGGUCCCUUUCUGACCUCAGCUGCUAUUCCCAUCACUCAGUUUGCACACUGGUAUCUGUUUAUUCUUCUGUUCCUCACAUGUGCCAAGUACAUUGCAAACUCAGGGCCUUUGCGUUUUUAAAUCCCUCUGUCAGAAUGUUCUCCUCACAGUAGCCACAUGGUUUGCUCUCUCACACUUCAAGUCUCUCCUUAAAUGUCACCUUAUUAGACAUAGAUAUUAAAUGUCACCAUAUUAAACUUCCCUGACCAUCGUUUCUAAAACAACAGCAGUUUCCACCCCCUCAUCCCUUUGUUCCCUUCUGUAUUUCUCUUCAUAGUCCUUACCACCUGACAUAUUGUGUGUUAGUCCGUUUGUUUGUGGUCUGUCUCUUCCAACUAGAAUAUAAUCAUCCUAAGAGCAAAACUUUGUUUACUUGGGUAUGUCCACCCUUAAUGGUGAGCACUUAAUGUACAUCUUUUGAGUGAAUGAGUACAAAAAUUCCCUGUCUUACCUCAGUCGCUUCUUGGGUUCAGAUUCAAAUGUGGGCUUCAAUUUUUGUUGUACUUUGUUUUUGUGAACUUUGAUUUAGCCAAAUCAUUUGAAAAAGAAAAUAGUUGUCACCAAGUCUCCAAGCAUUCACACUUGCUUACUUGCUUCAUUAGUCAACAUAGGCAGCAUGCAUUUUGUGACCCCUUGCUGUUUAUCUUGCACAGCACAAGCUACCACAGGGAACUGGGGUCAACUGCCCUUGCUGUCAAGUUACCAAGAGUCCAGUUGGUGACAGCAGUAAAUGGAGAGAAGUAACACAUGAAACAAAGAAUCAUUUAGUAGAAUGAUGGAAUAGAGUUCAGAGACUGUGUAAUGUAAUUCUUUUUCAUGAUCUCUCCGGUGGCAAGAAAAAUAAAGGGUUAAACCAAACCUCUCUGUCCUGGAACAGUGCAGAUUUGUAACACUAGUUGCUAGGAAGAGUCUGAGCGCUUGUUAGCAUUUUAAAGCCUAGGAAAGCCUGUUGUUUAACCCUUUGUUUUUAGACUUACAUGACCUGGAGCACCUCCCUGCUUGUUAAUAAUACCUCUAAUACCUAUGGAAGCCACUUCAGGCCGAAGUCUUCAUCCUUACCUUCCCCCUCCCCACCACGAUUUAGGGGCUUCCAAAUACCUGGUGCUAGUGUAAGAAACUGUAGUAACUGCCAUGGGGCUGACCAAGAAAGCAGAGGGAGGGAGAAUUUCUUUGCACCUUGGGCCUAAGGUGCCGGGGAACCCCAUGGUUCUGAGACCUAGAACAGUGAUUGAUGCUGCAGAGGGCUUGGUCUUCUUCCCAUAAUGGAAGAAACUAAAAUGGAACUAUUGGCAAGAGCAGUUUGAAUGAACUUAAGCUAAUAUAAGUCCCAAGAAUAAAUGUGAAAAGAAAUUAAAUCCUAAACUUUUUUCACUAAGUAUGACAUCAUUGCAGUCCUUGAAGCUUCUGCAUGCAUUAACUUAACAUAGCCCUGAGUUGAGCCUUCACAGUGGGGAUUUAUGGAUCAGUUGACAAAUGAGCAUUGUCUGGGGCAGAAAUGUUCUCAUUAGAAAAUGGGCAGCAAACUAAUAGGUUUUUCCUCACCUUUAGUUGUGGGGACACUGCCUCACAAGCGUCACACUGUACAGACAUUAAUGGUUCAAAGAUGUAUUAUUGACCAUUUCCUAGGCAUAUAAUUUUCUUUGAGCAUUUGUGUUUUAUAAUUACUUGGGGAAAAUUUGCUGCUUUUCUUCAGACAUGAUGAAUAGGCUGUUUCUCAGUCUGUUAAUUUUAGCAUGAUUACCUUAAUCUACCAGAAACUAUAAAUGUCAGUAUAUCCUGUUUACCUCCCAGGAGCUAGCAAGGAAUAGAUAAGGGAUAGAUAAGUCACUGAUGGGGUAAAUAAUUUUUAGAAAUCAAAUUCUCCAGAAUUAACAUUAAAAUAGGUGGAAUUCUGUGCUCGCUUCGGCAGCACAUAUACUAAAAUUGGAACGAUACAGAGAAGAUUAGCAUGGCCCCUGUGCAAGGAUGACACGCAAAUUUGUGAAGCGUUCCAAAUUUUAAAUAAAAAAAAUAAAAUAAAAUAGGUGGAAUUCAAUCAGUAGUUUAUUGUUUAACAACUGAUAAUCUUAAAACAUUUGGUGUUUUGUAGAACUUGUAAAAGACACAAUUCAUAUCAUUUUCCUUUAGAUGUGUAUAUCUGUAUCAUUUAGAAUUUGGGAGCUCAAAUAUAAAGUUUCAAGUUGUAUUUACUUGGAGGUUAUUCCAUUCUGUUCUACCUACUAAGAGAAACAGUCCAAACUAUAACAACAGUCCAGAAUUAGGCCAUAAAGAAGGAAGUCAGUAAAACAAGCCCUCUGAAAAACAUAAUUGCCCUUGCAUUUUGCUUCUGGAAAAGACAUAAAGCCACCUUCUGGCCUGAGAAGACCUUUGGAGUCUUUAAAAACAUUACAUUUGCCAAAUAAAAAUAUCUGGUUAUAUUCCUCUUAGUUUAUAGCAUAGUGAAAGCAACCAGAAGCUGAAUCCUUGAGAAGCGACAGCAAGCUCUACAACAUUGAAUAAAGGCCCUUGAGUCUUAAUGUGCAUAAAUAGUUAGAAAUGUGACUUUCUGUGCCUACCCUCAGAAACUGAUUCACUAGGGCUGGAGUAAGGCCUGGGGGUCCCAGUUCUCAAAGAGUCCCAGGGAAUUCUCUUCAUACGGUCUCUGGACUUCCCUUAGAAAAACAUUGGUGUAGAUACCAGAAAAUCUAUAAAUAAGAAGCAGUCCAGACCUCAUCAGUUGACAGCACUGAGUAAUAAUAACCCAUGUCCAUAAUUCACAAAAAUAAAGAUAUUUACUGAGUGCUUGUCAUGUGUCACUUAUUACUAGAGACAAGGAAUGAGUGGAACAAGAUAGUACUGUUCACCUUAAGUGUUAAGUCUAAGAAGGUGUACAAGCAAUCAUAGUAUAAGAAUGCCAUCUUUGAAUCAUGGAUUCCUUUGUUAAUUCAUUCCGUGAACAUUUAUUGAACAUUGAUAUAUGUCCCAGGCAUUUUGCUUAAAUAGAACAUUCUUGGUUUAUGAAGAUAAAAUAGUAUAAUAAAUUUUAGAAUGAUUUUGAUUGUUAAAUGAGUAUAUUACAGUUAUCUGGAAGAUGCACUUAUGUGGAAAACUUUCUUAAUUAUUCAGCUAAUUGGAACUUAACAACUCUGAUACCAGGUCAGAUAAUUGUAACUUAAAACGAGCUCUCUGUAGUUAUUAAAUCCUUUGGGCAGAGGUCAAAAUUCAUCUGAAUUACACUCAAUUUCUAUAUAUUGUAAUAAGAUAUAAAGUCUUAACAUGUAGUUUAAGAAUGUAAAAUCUUUUCUUUGGAAUUGUAUCUAAUACUCAAGAAACAGUUCAGUCACAUUACCCCCGUGUUCACGAUCUGUGGAUGUAAUUGGGAUUGUUUUUGAG